GAGAACCAGUUGAACUACCCAAGGCGGAAACGUCACUGCUGUAGGAGUGUAAGGGAAGAUGGAUGCAUUAAAUAAACUUAAACAAUUUGAUGCCUAUCCAAAGACUCUAGAAGAUUUUAGAAUCAAAACGUGUGGUGGAGCCACGGUAACGAUCGUCAGUGGGCUUAUUAUGCUCAUCCUGUUUGUCUCGGAGUUGCAAUAUUAUCUUACCAAAGAGGUCUAUCCUGAACUCUUUGUGGACACUUCAAGAGGAGACAAGCUAAAGAUCAACAUUGAUGUCACAUUUCCCCAUAUGCCAUGUGCUUAUUUGAGCAUUGAUGCCAUGGAUGUAGCAGGAGACCAGCAACUGGAUGUGGAGCACAACCUCUUCAAGCUAAGACUGGACAAGGAUGGCAAACCGGUCAGCAGUGAAGCAGAGAAGCAUGAUUUGGGCAAAGUUGAGGGUGAGAUAUUUGACCCUAGUAAGCUGGAUCCAGAUCGCUGUGAAAGUUGUUAUGGAGCAGAAACAGAUACUUUGAAGUGCUGUAACACAUGUGAUGAUGUGCGUGAGGCAUACCGUCGCCGUGGCUGGGCCUUUAAGACGCCUGACACCAUUGAGCAGUGCAAGAGAGAGGGCUUCAGUCAGAAGAUGCAAGAGCAGAAGAAUGAAGGUUGCCAGGUCUAUGGUUUCCUCGAGGUCAAUAAGGUGGCUGGUAACUUUCACUUUGCUCCUGGAAAGAGCUUUCAGCAGUCUCAUGUUCAUGUUCAUGCUGUGGAAAUUCAUGAUUUGCAGAGUUAUGGACUGGAUAAUAUCAACAUGACCCAUUUGAUUAAACAUCUCUCAUUUGGAAAAGAUUACCCUGGAAUUGUCAACCCACUUGAUGGAACUAAUGUUGAAGCUGCACAAGCGUCAAUGAUGUACCAGUACUUCGUGAAAAUAGUUCCAACAAUUUACGUUAAAGGAGACGGCGAGGUGGUGAAAACAAACCAAUUUUCAGUAACCAGACAUGAAAAAGUAGCCAAUGGUUUGAUUGGAGAUCAAGGUCUUCCUGGUGUAUUUGUGCUCUAUGAGCUCUCACCCAUGAUGGUCAAAUUCACAGAGAAACAGCGGUCAUUCACUCAUUUUCUAACAGGAGUCUGUGCUAUUAUAGGUGGUGUUUUUACAGUUGCUGGACUUAUUGAUUCCUUAAUAUACCACUCUGCAAAAGCCAUACAGAAGAAGAUUGAGUUGGGAAAAGCUUCCUAGCUAUGUCUCUGAACCUACCAUGAACAAUUGCCGGACACUUGUAUUGGUUGAAAGAGAGAAUGUCUAGCCUUGUCUGUGUGAAUCUGGCCACAGAGAACACUUCCUGGGCACAUGGCCUCGCCAUUGGACAUGCUUGGGUUCUUUUCUGACGUUUUCAUAUUAAUGACCUGGAAAUUUCUAGAGUUAAUUUUGAUGAUGAGGCACAGUUGAAUAAUUUGUACAUUGAAAUUGAAAAAAUAUAGUAUUGCUAGAUAAAUGUCACUGAAAGCA